AGGCAUAGAAUCUCCGGUAUCAAAAUCUUUACGUGAUUAUUUGUUCAUUUUCCCGAAGUUAAUCAACCCACCUGACAAAAUGUGUGACCGCAAGGCGGUAAUCAAGAAUGCUGAUAUGAGCGAGGAGAUGCAGCAAGAUGCUGUUGACUGUGCAACACAAGCGCUUGAGAAAUUCAACAUAGAAAAGGACAUAGCAGCGUUCAUAAAGAAGGAGUUUGACAAGAAGUACAAUCCGACGUGGCACUGCAUCGUGGGGCGCAACUUCGGCUCGUACGUGACGCACGAGACCCGCCACUUUAUCUAUUUCUACCUGGGCCAGGUGGCCAUCCUGUUAUUUAAGAGCGGCUAGAGUGUUGAUGUUUGUACAGAGUGGUGUUGAGAAUGUGCUGGGGCUGCAGAUCUCACAUUCCUGCCCGCGGGCGCAUCCCGACGCUGGCGUCAGCGUCACUCGGGCUCUAGCACAUUCCUCACUUGUACCAUGUUAGCAAUGUACACUUGUACGGUUAUGUUAUUGAUCUGUGUGUACUUAUACGGAUACAGUAUUGACUCGGGUAACUUUCACUUCUAGUGUAUUUAUAUUAAUGAAAAUUUUAGUUAAUUAUCCUAGACUUAUUACCUAGCAUAGUGUAAAAGUCAUAUGUUAGUACCUAACUAAAUCUAUUGUUUAAUUUCUUUGUUAAUAAUUCACUGGAGAUAUUUUCAAUACUUCUAUAAUUAUUAAACUUUCUUACAAACC